AUGGCCUGGAGUAUUGAGGGUGUGAAUGGACAACUAUUUCUCACUAAUGAGAAAGGUGAAAAGCUCGUUAAUGACAAAGGCAACGACUACGGAUGUAUCAUAGGUGUAGCGUGUGGAAGGAGUAGUGCAGAGAUUGUGUUUCAGCUUGAAGGCUGCAAGUUCAGGAAACACAUGCUAAGGGCACUGUUCAAGUUCUCAACAGAAUUCACAAGGAGGAGUUCAUUAGAAAAGUGCACCACAAACCUGGAGUUUAUCAAGACACUAGAGGAGGAGGGUGUUAGCAGACUGACUUCCAAAAGAAAGACUCCUGAAACAAGAGCUAAAAACCGGGAAUGGCCAGCAUCUAGUGGAACAGUUGAGGCACCAUACACAGACGAAAACCAAGAAUUGACAAUUCUUAAAACCAAGAAUGCAGGAAAGUUCACAGUUGCCAUGGAAAGAUUAUCACCAGGUACGAAGGAGUACUUGAUCAGGCCAAUAUCUGAGGCAUGGGUACAUAGCAUUAAGGAUUCUAUUAAAAUGACACCAACAAGUCCAGUGACAAGACUGCCAGUCCUACUGGAUCCAAUUCAAGUAAGAAAUGAGAAUAACAGGUUACUGUCUUUUGAGAAAAAGUUUCUCAGUCCUGGAAAGAGCAGGACAGCCCAGCCCUUUCACAGAACAUAUUUACCCGAACCUAUAUGGACCGUGUACAAGCUGUUGCUACAGAACCAUCGCUACAGUUUUGGCAUGGAUAACUAUAGUUCUGAUAUUUUACAAGCCCCAGCUGAUGCAACAGAAACACGACAACGGUUGGAGCAUGGUGAACUAUAG